AUGUUGAUCGGAAUCUCAGGAACUCUCGCCUCGGGAAAGACGGCUGUUGCCCAUUACCUCUCCUACCAGGGCUUCAAGUUGAUCUCCUUCCAGAAUGCCAUAGAUGAUUCAUUCGACGACUCCAGACCCGAGUCUCCACUCACAUCUUCAUCUGAGUAUGCCAGCCUCGAGGUGUUCAAACACUUUGACGACUUGACAGAACUCCUUGAGUUUGUCACUUUCAACUGGCGAGAAAACUACGUCAUCUCUCAUAUCAACGACAUGGAGAUGCUUGUCGCUUUACAGAAGAGACCCUUCUUCUUGCAUAUUUCCAUAGAUGCCCCCAUGAACUUGAGAUUCAAGAGAUGGCACCAUCGAUUCAAAUCACUUGCAAACUCCCAUCAGAAGGACGAAUACACCUUUGAGCAGUUUGUAUUCAGAAACGACGAGUUACUCUUCAGCGUCAGGAAUCCAUUGAUCGAGAUCAACAACCAGGCCCAGGUAAAAAUCAUUAACACUUCAGGCUCCAUCAAAGAAUUGUAUGUCAAGCUUUCUGAGCUCAACUUGCUCGACAGCUCGCGGUUGAGACCAACGUGGGACUCGUACUUCAUGAGGUUGGCGGACUUGGCUGCAUUGAGAUCCAAUUGUAUGAAACGUAGAGUAGGCGCUGUGAUAGUGCACGAGAAUAGAGUCAUAGCCACAGGUUAUAAUGGAACACCUAGACACUUGACCAAUUGCAAUGAAGGAGGCUGCGAUAGAUGUAAUAAGGGUCUGGUUGGAGGAACGUCGUUGUUGACAUGUCUCUGUUUGCAUGCUGAGGAAAACGCGUUGCUUGAAGCUGGACGAGACAGAAUCAGAGGAGAAGCAGUCUUGUACUGUAAUACAUGUCCUUGUCUCACAUGUUCCAUCAAAAUAGUCCAGAGUGGCAUAAAGGAGGUGGUUUAUGCCCAGAGCUACUUCAUGGACUCUCUUAGUCAUAAAGUGAUGAGUGAGGCUAAUAUUAUACUAAGACAAUUCCAGCCUCCCACUGAAGGUAUAUUUAUAUGA